AAUGGCAGAGCUAAUUUUAUCUUACUUUGAUUGUAAUUUGCGAUUUCCCUGAACCUUUAAAUGUACUGAAAUUAAUCGGUCGAAAUUUAUUCACAUGGCCGUAAGUGGCGAAAGACUAGGGAAGUCAAGCACCCGUGUUAGUAGUGAUCUAUCCUUAAACAAUGCAAGCACUCAUAAUAUUGGCAAGAAUAGUCUGAUAGUAUCUAACUGGCCUGAUACUGUCAUUCCACAAAUUUCCACUAUCAGAUGUCAAGCAAAUCAGCCACCACUAUCUUCAUCACCGGUACUGAGUGCGUGUGGUGCUAUUUAUGGUCAACUGGUAACGGCAGACCAAUUAUGCCAGUUGGAACAGCAUUCAACCACAAAUACAAAUGAUGAAAUUACUAAGCCAAUUGACGUCGGACAAAAGAAAGCUAGUUUGUGUCUAACUAGUGUGAAAUCAACACCAUAUGAAAAUAAAAUUCAAAAAGCUGUAUCAAUAAUUAGUACUAACGUAACUUCCAGUACAAAUGUUUGCCAACCUACUUCUCAGAUAAUAGUGGCUCAGUCAGCUUAUGCCAAUUUAGAUCCAACAGUCACUAAAAUACAACAACAUACUAACAGAGAUAUUCAUCAACCUAUGGAAUUAUCGCAUUCACUUGGUUCAGAAUCAUUUAUAUUUUCAUGCCAUUCCGAUAUUCAACCAACCGCAAUGGACAUAGGCGGACAACCAGUAUCUAGUUGUUUACUUCAAAGUAGUACUUCGCAGAGCGGAUUAAAUACUUACUGUUAUCCUAUUUUUCCAUUUCCUGUUUCCACUGCGGAUGAAAUUACUUGUAAUUCAACAUUAUGUAACCAUGUCAAAGAUGCUGGAUUAGGCAGUAAUACUCGUGGUACUAUAGUUGCUCAUUGUGAACCGAUAGUAAAUGUUAGUAAUCAAUACCCCUGUCCACGAGAUUUAGAACAACGACCUGUCAUGAAAAUGUCAGUGAAUCUUAUUCGAACUUAUAAAAAUAUUAAUGAGGUCUACUAUCGAAAGAAACGUCGUAUUAGAGAACAAAUUAGUGAGGAUAGUAUUCAAAAAAGAGAUCGUAAAGGUUCUGUUACUUUUGGUAAUGGUGGUGGAUUGGCUCCUUCAUGUCAAAAUGGAUCUACAGGAAGUUUAACAGGAGUUAAUGUUGCAACUGUAGCAAAUACAGCUGCAUUAACAUGUCACUAUCAUCAUUAUCAUCAUCACCAUCAUCAUUGUGUAGCACCACAGUCGUCUACAUUAUCAUCACAAAUUCCUAUGGUACCUCCACAUCGAUGUGGUAUUGGUUGUAAUAAUAAUAAUAAUCUUGUCACAGGGUCUGUUUGUUGUACAUCAUCUUCAGAUUUACAAACACGAUCAUCCGGAGUCAAUGGCAUUAUCCAAUCACGACAUCAAGGACCCUCUAUAGUUCAAAUGAAACAUCUUCACCAUUCAACUAUUCUUCAUCCUAAUCAACAUUCUAUUUCCAAAGAUCUAACUACUUCACAUCUCUCUCACCAUUCUCAACAACAUAUCUACGAUCAAGGUUCAUCAUUUCCUUCUUGUAAUCCGUCUAAAUCAUAUCCAUUGACUAAUUUGAAUAUUGUUACCACUGCUUCUGGAUUUCGUACUGGACUCACAUUAACAUCAACAAGUGUUGGGACUGGUCCAUCUCUAUACUCUUGUCAAAUACAAUCAAAUUCUGUUUGUCAAUCAUCAUCAGCAUCAUCGUCUGUAUAUCCAUCACAUCAUCAUCAUCAUCAUGGACUUGUGCGUAUUGGUGAUGUAUGGUAUAAUCGUUAUAAAAUUCUAGCCUUAAUUGGGAAAGGUACAUUUGGUCAAGUUGUUCGUGCUUUCGAUGAAUUAACCGGAGAGGAAGUCGCUAUUAAAGUGAUUAAAAAUAAACGUUCUUUUGUACAACAAGCUGAAGUUGAAAUUAAAUUACUACGUGAAAUGUCUAUCUUUCAAGCGAAUGAACAAUUAGCUACAGAUGUUGGAGCUAAUUAUAUUGUUAAUUUAAAAGGACAUUUCAGUUAUCAUGGUCAUUUAUGUUUAGUAUUUGAAUUACUCUCUUAUAAUUUAUAUGAUUUACUUGGUAAUACAAAUUAUCGUGGUGUAUCAUUAAAUUUAACAAGAAAAUUUGCUCAACAAUUAUGUGCUGCAUUAGUAUUUCUAUCUAGAUCAGAUGUACAAGUAAUACAUUGUGAUUUAAAACCGGAAAAUAUUUUAUUAGUUAAUCCAAAACGUUCAGCAAUUAAAGUGAUUGAUUUUGGUAGUUCAUGUCAUGUACAUGAAAAAGUAUAUCAAUAUAUUCAAUCAAGAUUUUAUCGCUCUCCAGAAGUAUUGUUCAAUUUAGACUAUGGCUUGGGUAUUGAUAUGUGGUCACUUGGCUGUAUUUUAGUCGAAAUGCACACUGGCGAACCAUUAUUUUGCGGAGCGAACGAGCUUGAACAACUGCUCCAAAUUAUUGAAGUGAUUGGUUUCCCGCCGGUGUAUAUGAUUGAAGCUAGUCCUAAAUUAUCAAACUUUUUUGAAUGCAUACCGGUGAAUUUGAAUUCUACUUCAACAGCGACAACAACAACAACAAACUUAAUCAGUACUUCUACCACUGAUGGUGGUGCUGACUUUACUGCCAAUAAUACUAGUAUUAAUCCGGCCUCGAACCCUACAACGACACCAUCGACAACCACAUAUGGCACAUUAACAACUACAAUUAAAACAAACACAAUAGCUGGAGAUAAUACAGUGGCAGCAACAACAACAACAGCCACUGUUUUAUCUUCAUCAAAAAAUACUACUAAUGCUACUACUACUACUACCACCAUCAGUAGUAGUUCGGCCUGUGGUGCUGAUUGUAUUAAUCAUUGCUCCAAUAGUAAUACAAAUGUAAAAAAUCCAGUCAACCUUGGUGUUACAAAUAGCUGUGAUAGUAAUAAUAACUCGAAUACAUCAAACAAUAUAGCUGAUAAAUUGAAUACAGGUGUAUUAUUAUCAACAUCUGGGACUGUGUUUUACAAACCGAAACGUGUAUGGACUAAACAAGAGUGUACUUACGAGUGUAAAUUUUCUGGAGUUGGAACAAGAACAUUGCGUACAGUUGUCGGAGCUGAUAUUGGUGGGCCUAAAAGUUGUCGUCGUGGGGAACAAGGUCAUACACCUGAAGAUUAUGAUAAAUUCGUCGAUUUGAUCCAACGUAUGUUAGUAUAUGAACCCCGGUUUCGUAUUCGCCCGGAGGAAGCUCUCACGCAUCGCUUUUUCACACGUAAGGAUGAAAGUGGACAACAGAAACAACAAACUGGUAACAAUAGCUCUUCUACAACCACUUCAACUGUCAAUCCGCCACUUACAACUUGUUCAAUAAUAACGACAACAGCCAAUGUAAUCAGUAGUAAUAGUAGUACUAUUACUUCUACUCCUAAUACUACUACUACUACCACAGUCGUCACUAAUACUUCUGUUACUGGUUCCAAUACAAAUAUAAUAUCUCUCUCUCGUCAGUUUGCUUCCCCCAAUAAUAAUAAACAGUCUCCUUCCAGUAAUUUAGCGCAUUGUAUUCAUGAAAAACUUCCCUCCAGUAGUAGUAAUAGUAGUGGUAGUAGCACUACCACGACGAUGACGACUACAUCUCAUCAGCAUUAUAAUUCCGAACAGGACAUAAUGAAUGCAUCCUACUUAACAUUUGCUCCAAAUCAAGAGAUUAAACUAUCUGGAUCAAUUGUUACCUCUACUACUUCUACCGUUCCACCACCAUAAUGACUUCGAUCGAUUAAAUAUCCCUUCAUACUACUCAUAAGGAGUCGGUAGAUAUGGAUGCAAGCUAUCAUUUUUUUAUUGGUUGGUUGGUUGGUUUGAAAUCCUCACAAUAUUAUAGUGUGACAGUGGUAUUAUUGUUAGUGACUGUGUAAUUUGUUUCUUUAUACAUUUAUCUGCUUAAUUCAUUCACUUUGCUGGGUUUUCUCUCUUUUCUAUUUAUCUUCUAUUAUGAUAUGUUAUAUCCCUUAUUUUUACGGAAACCUAUAUAUAUAUAUUACUGAAAUUUCACCCCGGUUGAAGUCUAUCCUUAUUGUUCUUUCCUGCGCUCUAUCUCUCUAUGAAAUGCAUUCAAUUCACUUUAUAUGUUUAUAUAUAUAUAGGCUAUCGAUCAUUCUAUUUCUUAUGCUAUGCGAUUGAGUUCCUCUUUUUAUUUUAUUCCCGACACCAUCAAUGUCAUCCACUUUAUUUCUAAGCAUAAAUAAUAACACAGAUUGGUGAAGUUCUCUUGAAUCAAUCUCAACAUAAUAUGAUGUUAUUAUUAAAUUUUUUGUUUUCUUUUUUAUUCAUUAAAACACCAUGAAGCUUUUAUCAUAUUCAAGUAUCAAUAGUGAUCAUUAAAUUGUUAGUGUAAAUAAUAAUAAUAAUAAUAAUACCAGUAGUAGCUGUUAUUAUUGUUGUUGUAAUAAUAAUAGUGAUAACGACAAUGAUCGCUUUUCUCCAUCUAAACUAAUACACGUACAAAAAUACACAGGCAAAAGUGUAAUGUUUUAUUAUUAUGUUAUCAUACUCUCUUAUUAAGCUGAUAAUACUGUUUGUGUAUGUGUUAUUUUCAUGAUAUUUUUCACCAUUCAGUUAACACAUAUACAAGUUUCCUUGUUUAUUUCAAUAAAACAUAGUUUCAAUUUGAAUAGAACAAGAAAAUUGGAUGACCUGUAUAUGUUACUCUACCUGGUAAUGACGAUAGUCUCUCAGAAUUAUCCCUAACUUGAUCAAAACAAAUCACUUUCUUUUUUUGUUCUGAAUUAUAUUUAUUAUUCUACAGAGAUAAACCAUGUUAAGCACAAAAUGUGAAUAGAAUAAUUAUUUCCUCCAUGAAGAUGAUUUCUUCUUUUUUCUGAUGGUUAUUACUUUGGCAGCAGUUCUCUUGUGUUUGUAUGCAUGCGUAUGUGGAGUCUUGUGAAAUAAUAAUAAUAAUAAUUACUUUCUUUCCGUAAUUCAUAAUAAAAUACUAUCAAUUACAUUCAUGAAUGUAGUCAAUUAUUCUCUCUUUUGUUUCAUAGCAAAAUGGAAAUCGAUAAAAGAAGGAUCUUCUUAUAGAUAUAUAUCUAUAUAUACUAUAAACAAUGAUCUUUGAAGUCUUUAAUAAUUAUUCUCUUACUAUAUUUAAUUCACUGCUGAUUAUAACUUGCUUCUAUUAUACAUUUACUAGUUUCUUAUAAACAUUAUUUACUCUAAUAUAAAAUGGUGUUAACAACAACAACAAAAUAGUCAGUUCAUCCGUCAUUAUUAUCGUUGUUGUUGUUGUUUUCUUCAAUGAUAGUAAUUUGUUUUCCAUCAAACAAACAAAAAACACUUUCAUUCAAGUAAAUAACACCAAUCAAAUGGUGUGUGUGUGUGUAUUGAAUAUGUUGAUCGGAUCAUCUUAUAUUAGAUACAAUUGAAUUGCUUUUUAUUUAUUUCUAUUAUUAUUACUCUUUAUUAUCAUUUAAUUAAUUUAAUAUUAUUAUUUUAUCAAUGAUAAAUGUUUCUCUUAUCAUUGUGUUUUAUUUGUUUUAUAUUUUAAAACAUAAAUUAGCAUUCCUUUAUAUCAUGUUGCUUGAAAAGAUCAAUUUCCUAGACCACUAUUAUUAUUCUCAUUGUUACUUUGCUCUUCUUCUUGUUCUUUUUUUCCUUUAAUAUUCUCUUUUAUUUAUAUUUUGGUUAUGAAAGAAAACAAAACAAUAAAAGUAUACAGGUUUAUCAUUCAACAAUAAUUUUACUCGGUGUAUUCUUCUCUCUAUUAGGGUGAAUUCUCCCUUUGCCUUCCCUUGUUUUAUAUAUAUAUAUAUAUAUAUAU